UUUUGAAUUGUCAAAUAAAAUUCUUCGAUGUUUUAUGCUUAGUUGCGAUUGCUGCUUGUGAUUACCUAUGAAAAUCAUUAAUGAAAUUGUUUUGUAAUUUUUACAAGUAACAAGACUGUAUUUUAAUGUUAAAAGAAAACAACUGGACAACAUGGCUUUAAAAAAAGUCAAAGGAAAUUUCGAAAGAAUGUUCGAUAAAAAUCUCACAGAUUUAGUACGAGGAAUACGAAAUAAUAAAGAUAAUGAGGCUAAGUACAUAGCUCAAUGUAUGGAAGAAAUUAAAGUUGAACUGCGACAGGAUAACAUAGCAGUGAAAGCUAAUGCGGUCGCUAAGUUGACAUAUCUUCAAAUGCUUGGAUAUGAUAUAUCAUGGGCAAUAUUCAAUAUUAUAGAAGUUAUGAGCUCAAAUAAAUUUACAUACAAAAGGAUUGGCUAUUUAGCUGCUAGUCAGUCAUUCCAUGCAGAUUCAGAAUUGCUUAUGCUGACCACUAACAUGAUCCGGAAGGAUCUUAAUGCCCAGAAUCAGUAUGAAGCAGGUCUUGCUCUUAGUGGUCUUAGCUGUUUUAUUUCACAUGAUUUGGCAAGAGAUCUUGCUAAUGAUAUUAUGACUUUGAUGAGCUCAACAAAACCAUAUCUCAGAAUGAAGGCAGUGCUUAUGAUGUAUAAGGUAUUUUUAAGGUAUCCAGAGGCACUAAGGCCAGCUUUUCCUAAGCUCAAGGAGAAAUUAGAGGACCCUGACCCUGGUGUUCAGUCAGCUGCUGUAAAUGUGGUCUGUGAACUGGCUCGUAAGAAUCCCAAGAACUAUUUGUCAUUAGCACCGGUCUUUUUUAAGUUGAUGACAACCUCUACCAAUAACUGGAUGCUAAUCAAGAUAAUUAAAUUGUUUGGUGCCUUAACCCCAUUAGAGCCUCGACUUGGCAAGAAACUGAUAGAACCAUUAACUAAUUUAAUACAUAGCACGUCGGCGAUGUCGCUGCUGUACGAGUGCAUCAACACGGUGAUCGCGGUGCUGAUCAGCAUCAGCUCGGGCAUGCCCGGCCACGCCGCCUCCGUGCAGCUCUGCGUGCAGAAACUGAGGAUACUCAUCGAGGACAGUGAUCAGAACUUGAAGUACUUGGGGCUACUGGCCAUGUCCCGGAUACUGAAGUCCCAUCCGAAGUCAGUGCAGGCGCACAAGGACCUGGUACUGGCGUGUCUCGACGACAAGGACGAGUCCAUUAGACUGCGGGCGCUUGGAUUGCUGUAUGGAAUGGUUUCAAAGAAGAAUCUGAUGGAGAUAGUGAAGAAGCUGAUGGUGCACAUGGAGCGCGCGGAGGGCACGCUGUACCGCGACGAGCUGCUCACGCGCAUGAUUGAGAUCUGUUCGCAGAACAACUACCAGCACGUGGUAGACUUCGAGUGGUACGUCACCGUGCUCGCGGAGCUCACCGAGAUGGAGACCAGCGCUAAACAUGGUAUAAUCCUCGCACGUCAGCUGACGGAGGUGGGCGCGCGUGUGGCGGACGUGCGCACGUUCGCGGCGCGCGAGUGCGCGUCGCUGUGCGCGCGCUGCGCCGCGACGCCCGGCCCCGCCUCCAGGGAGGUGCUGUACGCCGCCGCCUUCGUGCUCGCCGAGUACUGCGAAGAGGAGUCAGUGAUGCGGUCGUCGAUCUCCCCGCUGCUGGUGUGCGCAGGCGCGGGCGGCGGCCACAUGCGUGCGCGGGCCGUGUGCGUGCACGCGGCGCUCAAGCUGGCCGCCAAGCUGCUGCUGCGCUACGAGGCCGGACGCAAGGCGCAGGCCAUACAGGUGUUGGACGAAACAUUGGCGGGCAUGCGGCCACUGCUCUGCAGCGAAGACAUGGAGGUGCAAGAACGCGCUCACAACGCCACGGCAUUGCUGGCGAUGGUGCUGCGGCGGCUGCAGCCGGAGCCGCCCGCCGACGUCGCCAGCCUCGUCGACCACGACCAGAGCAACGGCAUAGAGAAGGAAGCUGAGGAGGGCAUGAACGGUGAGAACGAACAGGGCUUCAGCGGCGGUCUGAUCGAAGAGUUGGCCGAUCUGUUCGAAGGGGAACUGAAACCCGUCGCGCCCAAAGCACAGAAGAAAGUGCCCAUGCCGCCUGACCUUGACCUGAGCCAAUGGCUGUCGCGGUCGCACUGGUCGUCGUCGAGCUCGAGCUCGUCGGAGGAGGAGCGCGAGGCGGUGUUCGCGGCGCCGCCCCCCGACCCCCGCCCCACCGCGCAGUUCACGCCCGAGGAGAGAGAGAUGCUGCGCGAGGCGAGACGCCAGGAGCAGGCCAACAACCCUCACUACCUGAAGGACGACUCCCCGCGCUCGUACCAGCAGGAAGACGUAGCUGUGGCUGAGAUCGCCCUUGAAGUGCCCCUGCAAAUUUAUACCAAGAGAUCUGAUAAGUACUUAAUUUCAAGAGAAAGCUCAAAGAAAAAUAAAAAGGAGAAACGUCCGUCCAAGAAGCGAAAGAGCAAAAAAGAUAGACAUUCCACCGAGUCAGACAGCGAUGACGAGUACAGUAUGGUAACGUCACGGCCGGCGGUGGCGGCGGGCGGCGAGCUGCCGGCGGGCGCGGCGCCGUCGGACGAGGAGCCGCCGCCGCCCGCCGACGACCCGCACCGCGCGCUCGACCUCGACCUCGACCUGCCUCUUCGAGAGGAAGAAUUAUUGACGUCCAGAAUAAACCAGUAUCCGUCGCCCGAGAGUGGUCUUUUGAAGAAAAAGACAAAAGAAUCUAAGAAAACCAAAUCUAUGAACAAGAAUAAUACCGAAAAGUCUAAGAAAAAGAAAGAGAAGAAAGCUAAACACAGCAAAGAUUUAGAUUUAAUGUUAUCAGAGGGUAAUAGCGUAAAUGAAGGAUUGCUUAUAGAGGAGAUAAACAAACCGGAUGACGUCGUCAAAGGAGCAGGCGAUGGCGAACCACUAGUCGACAACCACGUGAAGAACAGUAAGACUGACAAACAUAAGAAGUCGAAGAAGGAUUCUAAAGAUAAAGACCUUAAGAAAAAGAAGGCUUCUAAGAAAGAUAAACAUGAAACAAAGACGGGCUACGAGGAAGCUCUAGGUAUUUCUACACCUAGUAAGGAAGUUAUAUAGUGUACAUUUCGUAAUAUUUUCUCUUCACUUUUUCUAGCUCCUUUCAGUGCAAUCUUUGUUUGAACAAUUUAGUAAUAUUUCUUUUUUGUUACGAUAAGUUCAGUAUAAAUUAUAUAAAAUGUAGUGGGCAUUGUUUUCAUUCGAAUAACAAUGAUUCAUUACCAUUUAAUUAAUUAUUAUGUAUAUUCCUAAGUAUAUAUUGUAACAAAGAAAUAAUACAAAAUUAUAUAAUCAUGUACAGUUUAUUAAAAGCUAUUAAUGAAACAA